AUGUUCAUGCAGGCGGGAUUCGCGUUCAUGGAAGCUGGCGCCGUCAGAUCCAAGAACGCGGUGAACAUCCUCAAGAAUCUCCUCGACACGUGGUUCAUCUACCCGGUGGCUUCCCAUUGGGCGUGGCACCCACAAGGGUGGCUGAAGAGGACGGCAUUCAAGGACUACACCGAGGGAGGCGUGGUGCUCAUACUGGGUGGCAUGUGCACCCGCCUCGAUGCUGCCCUCAUGGGUCCUCGCAUUUCAAGAUUCCAUGUGAAGACCAGCGAACCACACGACUUUCGAGGCCAUUCAGUCGCAGUGGGCGUGUGCGCGGGGAGCGACGUCUUCCCUUCAUGGGCGGCCCUCGUCGUCGGCGUGGAGGCCGGAUUCACGUUCCUCUGCCUUCACUUCCUCCUCCUCAGGCUCAAUGGUCAGGCGUGUCAAGGCUGUCAGCUGGUUUUGGAGUCAUGA